AUGGCGGCCCAUCUGUUCUUCGCAAUGCUACAGGAGUACGAGGAUCGACGGUUCGCCGAUCCUGAGGGUGUGGACGUCUUAAGACUCUCUAAUGUAGUCCUCAUUAACGCUGACUUCCCUGGACUUUGCUUUGCUCUGUUCGGAGCUCUUCUCGAGAAACAAAGUGAUAGGGAGGAAGAUCUGGCCAGUUAG